AAUUAUAGGGUGUAUAAUAGGUUGUUAGUAAAGAACCAGGAGAGUGUAGUGGAGGAGGAGCGGCCACGGCAGCCAUAUUUGUUGACAAGCGUCGCCGCUGUGCCGGCUACGUGCAUAUUUUCCAGUAUCCAAGCUCACCAUUGAAUUUUAGAUGAAGCAUGGCAGACAGCGACGAUGAGUAUGAGAGACGAAGACGAGACAAAUUUCGAGGAGAAAGAUCUGAAUAUACCAGCAGUAGUAGCACGAGAGAUCGUAGAGAUGACAGCAGGCGUGGUGCCAGAGAGGACUGGGCUGACAGGAGUCGGGAUAACUGGGGAAGCAGAGAGCGAGGUUCAUCUCGUCGUGAAUAUGGCAGAGAAUAUGGAAGAUCUAGAGACCGGUAUUCGCCAAACCGCCAUGACAUGUCUCCUCCAGUUAAAAGGAUGAGACAGGACUGGGAAGACAGACGGUACCCAUAUGAGAGUGGAGGGGCUGCUGGUUAUGGAGCCUAUGGAAGUGCCUAUGGCCAGGAUUAUGGUCAUCCAGCUGGACAUGCAGGUGGUGCAGGAAGACUAGACGAGUUGGGCCCGACACAACCUCCAAUGAUGACCUUUAAGGCUUUUAUGGAACAGUGUGAUGAUUCUAUUACGGAAGAGGAAGCUCUCAGGAAGUACUCUGAAUACAAACUUGAGUUUAAAAGACAACAGCUGAAUGAGUUCUUUGUCAACCACAAAGAGGAAGAAUGGUUCAAGGCCAAGUACCAUCCUGAGGAGUGUGUGAAGCGGAAGGACGAACAACUGGCUAACCUCAAGAGGCGUGUGUCUGUUUUCACGGAACUGCAUGAAGCCAACCGCAUGGAAAAUAUAACUGUAGAUGCUGAUCAGUCAGAUCAGCUACUCAAAUUGCUGGAUUCUGUUGUCAUCAAACUGGAAGGUGGCACUGAUUUAGAUCUUCAGGUGCUGGAUCAGGUUCCGGAGGAAGAUGUUAAGCCACAGAUCACUGAAGAAGAAGAUAAAAAACCAUUUAUUUUGGGGGAAGAUUCUGAUGAUGGUGAGGGCAAGGACAAAUCUAAAGAGAAAAAUCCAGAUGAACCAAUGAAAAUGGAUAUGUCUGAAGAACAAAUGGAACUCCAAAAGAAGGCCAAAGAAUACCUUAAGCAAAAAGGCACAGAUGGAGAAAAAGAAGCUCGCAAGAGAAAGCACUCGGGUAGUUCAUCAUCCACCUCUUCAAGUGAAUCUGAGGAUGAACCAGUAGAUGAUGAACCAAAGGAACCACCACCACCUGGAAUGGAGAAAACAGCAAGUUUAGAUGGCUUAAAAGCAAGAGAGGGGGAAGAGGAAGGGGAAAAGAAUGAAGAAGAGGCAGCAGUGGCAGCAGCAGCAGUGGCUAAGGAGAAUGGACUACAACCUCCAGGUGAAGAGAAUGGAGAGGAGAGAGAAGACAGAGAGGAUGGAGAGGAAAGUGAGUCCAAAGUUAGUGAUAAAGAAAACAAAGAUAAAGACAAGAAGGAUGAGGAAGAGGGCAAAGAAGAGGAAGAAGAAGCGCGUCCCCGAGCCCUUCAUAAAACUGCAUCAAUAUUUUUGCGAAAUCUUGCACCUACUAUAACCAAACAGGAAGUGGAGGCUAUGUGUCGGCGAUACAAUGGAUUUUUACGAGCUGCCAUUGCUGAUCCCCAGCCAGAACGCCGGUGGUUUAGACGUGGCUGGGUUACUUUUAAGAGACACGUCAAUAUCAAGGAUAUAUGCUGGAAUCUAAACAAUAUCAGGUUGCGGGAUUGUGAACUGGGCGCCAUAGUCAAUCGGGAUCUGAGCCGUCGCAUUCGCACUGUAAAUGGAAUCACUUCUCAUCGUUCUGUAGUUCGUGCCGACAUCAAGUUGUCAGCCAAGAUUAUUCAGAAUUUAGACUCUCGAUGGAGUCUCUGGAUGGAUAGCAGCGACAAUCAAGAUAAUCCACAGUUGCUGAGUCUUACGUCUUCGUCAAACCCAGUGCUGCGCAAUAUAACAGAUUAUUUGAUUGAAGAAGCAAGUGCAGAGGAAGAAGAGCUUCUUGGAGCUAAUAAUGCUGCUGCAAACAACACUGAAGAAAAACCUGAAGGGGAAGCAAUAGAGCGUGAUCCUAGUCUAAUUGCAGUCCUUGACAGGUUGUUGCUCUACCUUCGUAUUGUUCAUUCCGUUGACUAUUACAAUCAUUCUGAAUACCCUAAUGAAGAUGAAAUGCCAAACCGAUGUGGUAUAAUGCAUGCACGUGGCAUACCUCCAUCUAGCAAAGUAACCCCACAGGAGGUACAGGACUAUUGUCGAGCCUUUGAGAACAAAAUAGGCUCUUUCCUUCAGCCCCUUACUAAACUGAGUGAGGAAGAGUCCAAAAAACUAGGUUUAAAAGAAGCAGAGGAAGAGGUUGAGAAGUUUGUUCAGUCCAAUACCCAGGAAGUGGCCAAAGACAAAUGGCAGUGUCCACUCUGUGGAAAGAAGUUCAAGGGAGCUGAGUAUGUGCAUAAACACAUUCUCAUUAAACAUGCUGAAAAGGUCAAGGAAGUCAAAAAAGAGGUGGAUUACUUCAAUAAUUAUCUCCGUGAUCCGAAACGUCCACAGCUUCCAGAGUAUCCAGGAAAUAAGCAUGGUAGGAAGGAUGAUCGCCCAGACCCCUAUGUAGCAGCAUAUCCACAACAUAUUCCUGAUGCUCGGUAUGGUGCCUAUACUGGUGGGUAUGGAAGACAGUACCCAGCUGCUCAUAAUUAUGGGUAUGGCAGUGCGUACCCUAAAGAUUACUACAGUGGUCGAAGUGAUCCAUAUGUUCGUGAGCCUUAUCAGAGACCCAGAGUUACAUACAGAUCUAGGUCGGGUGAUCCACGGGAAGUCAUUGGAUACCAUGAUUUGGAUGCUCCUGAUGAUACAGAUCUCUUUUAACCUUGACGUCGCCAGCCAAUUGGUUGGUUACAGGGACCUGGAUGCCCCAAAGGAGGAUUAUUAAUUCACUGGAAGUGGAUUGCCAUUCAUCUCUCAGAAUCGGGUCAACUUGGGUCCACUUCCAUGCAUCUUCCGAUCUCUAGACUAUCUUCUGUGGACUUCUCAGUUCUCAGUGCCUACUGCUGCCAUUUUAAUGUCUUUUUCAUUUUGGUGACAACUUCUAGAUAGCACUUAGUGAUAAACAAGUGUAACCACUUGUCUUGUGGUAAUGAAAUUAACUGCAAGGAAACACUGAAGUAAAUGUCAAGUAGGAUAUUUUAAUGUGGUGCAAUAAAUUAAUUGGAAGUUAAACUUAGUGAUUACAAUCAGAGCUUGGUUCUGGUUGGUAUGUAUUCAAGGUUAAAGGCAGUAAGUAUGAAAUAAAUGAUUUUAGAAUUGUCCCUGUUUAUAUGGUGGUUGUACUUUUGUGUUCUAUUUUAUUAAGAUGCAGUUUUUCAGGCUCAUAAAAAGAUUGUACAUUAUUACAGCAUUCUACAGGUUAUGGUACUGAGAAUGCAAUGCAACAAAGAUAGCUUGUUUACUAAAAAAAAAAAAUUUUAUAGGGCAAAACAUUACUAAGAUGUAUAUUUGGUUAUAUUUUCUGAUAAAACUAAAUCUUCAUUCUUACAUUAGUAAUAUAGUCCAGAGUUCUCUUGUAUUUAAGUAAUGAAGAUUUUUUUAGCCUGAAUUUCUUUCACUGCAUCCUCCUGCCUGAAAACAUUUUGAAACUUCUGUGAAUUGAUACUCUUGAAAUUAUAUUUGGGAGAAUUUAUUUUUUCCACAUCUAUUGAUAUACCACAUUCUUUUGUAUUUAUUAUUUUUCUUCAGGGAUAUUAAUUUGUAAUCCUUUUUAAGGAUAAUGUUCCAUAAGUGAUCUACACUGAAUGUAAUAAAAAUGGUGAUGAGUUCACAGACUUAA